AUGGCGCCGAAGGCGGCCGACAAGAAGAAGGGGCGCGGUUCCGAAGCGCCCCCCGUCGAGGAUGAGGUCCUCCUGCCGCCUGGCUUGGCGUUCACGGACCCGCCCUUCGCGGUGUCCGUUGUUCACGUGGCUGGCGUCGCCCUCGCGGUCGAGGGCGAGGCUGCAGAGGCGGGAAGCCCGGCCCCCCUCGUCGAGUUCGACCCGUGCGCGGCACUGGCGGCCAAGCUGCGGGACUCGCAGCAGGACUCCACCGGCAGGACGCGCCUGCUGGUGCAGAGGGCGGACGUCGAGACCCUGGUCGAGGGCGGCUCCUCCAAGCAGCCGCCCCCGAAGAAGGGGGAGCCGGUGAAGGAGGAGGGGCAGAGCGACAUCUCCGCGCAGCUGGCGCAGGCCUUCCUCAAGAAGGUGGAGGCCGAGAGCGCUGGCCGCAGGCUGCGGAAGGUGAACGCGGCGCGGAGGCGCGCCAUCGCUGAGGCCGAGGGGGCAACCCUGGGCGACCCCGACACGGAGGACCCCGAGCCCGGCGGGCCAGACCUCGUGCUGGUGCUCGUGGGCUACCCGGCGACCCCGCAGGACGUGCGGGACCUCGCCGGCGAGGGCGCCUUCCGCGCCGUGAGCUCGUGGGUUACUGUGCACCUGGAGGGCGAGACGGUGGUCGAGACUGUGGUGGAGGGCGCCUUCCAUCCCGAGCGGUCGCGCCAGCGCUGCGAGGCGCCGGCGCUGCUGCAGGAACUCCGCCGGCUGGCGCGCGAGGCGCCGCCCGAGGACGCCCUGGCCCAGUGCACCGUCGUGGCGGUGGCGGACUGCCACGCGCUGGCGCUCCCAGCCGACAGCGCGGGAGACCGGGUGCUGGAGGCGGCCUUGCGCGUCGGCGAGGGCGAGGCGUCCGCGCGGCUGCGGUACGACAGGUGGCUGCAGGCGGCGCAGAAGGUUGGCGCCGGGCGCUGCGAGGAGGCGGUGGAGACGCGGCUGUACUCCCGGCUGGCGGACGUGGUGUGCCCGCAGCGCCAGGACGUGCCGCUGCUGCUGCACUGCCUGUGCGAGCAGGUCGCCCUGAACCUCAGUGGAGACGCGGCGCCGGACCUGUCCGGCGGCCACGACGAGGCCGGGCGGCCCACGGGCGGCGCCGGCGAGGAGCUGGGCCUGCUCGAGGAGUGCCUCGACGGCCUGCACGCCGACCUCUGCCUGUGCGACCUGGGGGACCCCCAGGGCCUCGGCGCGCGGGGCGCUGGCGCGGGCGCGGCGGGCCUGGGGCCAGAGGAGCCGCCCUGGGAGGGCGGUGCCUCCCAGGAGACCGCGGACUCCGACCUGGUGCUGCCCUACCUGGACCGCGCCAGCUGCCGUCACCCGAGCGGGGAGCUCCCCGGCGGCCUCCCCGUGGCCGCCGCCGUCGGCGCCCUGCUGGCCAGGUGCCGCGCCCCCGGCGUGGAGCGGCUCGGCCUGCCGCCGCAGCCGCAGCUGACGGCCCCACAGCGCUCCGCGCUGCGGAACCGCCUCCACGCGUUCAUGCCCGAGGAGGUGCCGAUCGUGGAGAUCGAGCGGAUGUAUAUCCUCGAGGAGUUCGGCCGCCUGCUGGAGGCUGCGCAGCCAGAGCGCCGUUGGCGGCUUACCGAUCGGGUGUUCCACGAGCGGAUCCCCAGCUCGAUGCUCAUAGGGGCCAUGCAGACGGCGUCGCUCGGGGAGGGGUUUGUGGAUACGGCGUACGUGCCCAGGCACGACUGCCUCCUCGUGGCCAUGCACCAUCGGCUGCUUCAAGGUCGUGUGCUAUGGCACUCCUGGAUGGGGGACUUCAUGCAAUCAGGCGAGGGCCUCGGCGGCCGGCUGUGCCCGGUGCCCACCUUCGGCGACUGGAGGCGGCUCGUGGAGGGCGCGGCCGGGGGCGAGGGGCAGGCCGCCCCUCGGCUGCUCCAGGACAGCGACGCCAGGGAGGUCGGGUACUGCAGCGUGGUGGAGAAGGUCCACGUCCCCGCCGACAGAUCUGUGAUCCUGCAGACGGCGCUGAACAGGGGCCUCCAGGAGUGCCCUGCGCCCCCUGCCAGCGGGGGCCCCGCCAGCGCCCUGGACGCCGCCCCGCUGCGCUGCUGCAGGUCAGCGCGCGUGCUCAAGGAGGGCAUCGCCUUCGGCAUCGUCAGCGACGCGGCCUGGCAGCGGAAGGUGACGCGCUUCCGGGCGCGGCGGGAGGAGAGGGAGGCGGCCGCGGCGGAGGCGGCGGAGGCGGCGCGCCAGGCCGCCGAGGAGAAGGCCCAGGCCGACGCGCUGCGCGCCGCCCAGGGCCUGCCGCCCGCAGAGGAGGACGAGGGCGAGGAGGAGAGCGAGGAGGAGGAGGAGGCGGGGCGCGCCUCGCCGAGCUCGCAGGCGGCCGUGUCGGAGCGCCUCCUGGAGGACCUGCGCUUCGGCGUCUUCUGGCUGACCUUCCCGGACUCGUCCCGGGUCAGCUGCCGGAUGCAGCACGAGAACGCGUGGUACGAGGAGGGCGCGAGCAUGUACGACGUCACCUUCGCCAGGCCCUGUGUCCAGGUGGCCUGCUCCGCCUCGGACGGCCUGCUGGUGCAGGCGCUCGGCGACGCCACUGUUCGUCAGUCACUCCCGUCGCAGGCGCCGGCGCCGACGGACUACGGCCUCCUGGAGAGGUCCGAUUUGCUGCCCGGCGGGGCCCUGGACUGCGAGCUCUCGCGCACGGUGUCGCCGUUCGGGGUGCUGGUCCGCGAGUUGCUCUCGGGCCGGCGUGAGGUGCACCACCCGGACGGCACGCGGGCCCUGCGGAACCCGACGGCGGCCGAGAUGCGGGCGCAGCUGGACAGGCUGGGCAGCGCAGGCAUCCGGCGCGCGUCCCGGGAGGCCCUGGAGCGCAUGACCGAGGCCUGCGAGAUGGAGUACGGCCGCGGGCUCCUGGAGGUGUGCGAGCGAGCGAGCGCGGAGGCCAUGUUCGCUGGGCUGCCGGGCCACUGGCGGGUCACCAGGCCGGACGGCGCCGUCUUCGGCCGUGCGUGCGUGCCGCCGCCCGCCGACCUGCCCGCGGGGCCGCCCGCUGGGCCGGAGGAGCAGGAGGCGGGCGUUGCAGGCGCCAGCGGCGUUGACGGACAGCGGAGCACGGAGGCGCUGCUGGAGAUGCUCGAGGGGGCACUCACGGACGACGGCCGCACGAUCGAGUACGAGAUCGGCGAGAUCUCCGUCUCUUCGCUGGUCGACCCGCACACGGGCGAGCGCGUCACCAGCAGCGCGGAGGGGCUGCACAUCAUCGACGGGCCAGAGGCCGCGGGCGCGCCCCGGACGUGCCUGCUUCCCGACGGGACCCGGAUCUUCAACGUGCCGACGGCGGACGGGCAUCGCGUCACCAUCGAGAAGGAGGGGCUGGCCCGCGUGACGUGCAGCGUUUCCCCGCGUGCCUAUCACCCAAAGACGCCGACCACGUUCACCGAGGUCGAGUGCGCCGAUGGGACCCGGCUGCAGGUGGUUCCGCAGAGGCUGAACGAGCGAGGCGAGCUGAUCAACUCGAACCCCUCGAUGGGCCAGUGCACCGAGUUCUGCACGAACGCGCUGAUCUACCUCAGGCGCCCGGACGGCUUCGUCCUCCGCUCCAGAGGCGACGGGGACGUCCAUCUGGUGACAGCUCCAGAGGUGGCCCUCAAGGGCGAGCGGGAGGCGCUGCUGGCGGCGCGGGAGUCGGCGAGCGGGUCGUACGUCGUUCACUGCGAUGGCGACCUCAUCAGCAUGAAGGACGCGGACGGGAACCACUUCGAGCUGCGGGGCGACCAGACCAUAGACGUGACCCUCGCCGUGGCAAUGGGCGACGAGUGCGAGGAGCCCCCUUGCACGGAGCCGGGCGUGCCGUACAAGCACCCCGACGCCAGGUACUUGCCCCUGCCGGAGGGCACGCCACCCCCGCGCCUGUUCGUGGUCUACGGCGACGGCGAGGCGGAGGAGCUGCUGCCGAGCUGCGAGGUCCAGGAGGUCCUACGCGUGGCGCGGGAGGACCCCCAGACGAUGCUGCUCGAGGGCGAGGCGAUGGGCGCGCCGAUGCAGCUCUGCAGGAGCCACACCAUGUACAGGACGGUGCCGCUGGACGCCGCCGUGGUGCCGCCGACGCCGGUGGUGCUGCCGCCGUCCGUCCUGGGCUUCGAGGCGUCCUUCCCCCCGCCCCCGCGCACCUUCACCGAGCUCCGGCAGAUUGUGGAGUACCCGGCCAUCAGUGACGAGAGGUGGCAGGCGUUUCAGGACGCGCUGGCCCGCUACAGGGCGCACGAGGAGAGCCACCGGUCGGAGCACCAGGAGUACGGCUCCGGGCUGAAGAGCGGGCGGCGCCUCAGGGCGAGUGGGGCGCCCGCGGCGGAGGCGGGCGCCUGA